AUGAGCGAAUGGAACUCACCUCUCUCCAUUAAUUACGAGACACCUUUUAUCUACGAACGGGACGAAAGCUGCCCACCCAUUGGCCCCGGCGCCGUCCCCGAUCCCGCCUCCAUCACUGACGGGCUGACCACCCGCCGGCAAAGAGAGAUGGACGCGCACCGCGCCAUCAUGGAGUGGCACGCCCGGGACUUGAUCAAUACGACGUGGUGUCAGCGAGGCUGGACGUUCCAAGAGCUCAUAUCCUCCCGACGACAGCUCAUUUUCCACAACGACACCGUCAACUGGCAGUGUCACUUCGCGUCCUGGCACGAGAAGCAAAGGCACAUCACGACGGGACCUUGUAGUAGCGUUGGGGAAGCCCAGCAUCACAACGACACGUCUUCCUCGUUUGUCGCGCUCUGUAACAAGCGAGUCCUGACGUACGCCCACGAUGUCCACGAUGCCUUCGCCGGCGUCCUCUCGGCGUUUGGUCAAUCGAUCCCCGGCGGCUUCAUCUGCGGUCUGCCCCGCAUCUUCUUCGACGCCGCGCUGCUGUGGCAGCCCCCUGAACCCUUGUUCCGCCGCGCCAGCGAUGUAUUCUCGGCCCUACCGAGUUGGUCGUGGAUGAGCCCCGACGAGGAGGACUCGCGCGACUCGAACAACUUUUGGCAGCCCGCUUCAUGGCAGACCAGAAGAACGGUCGUGUGGUCGUACUCGCUGGCCGUGGAUGGCGAACGGGUUCCUGUGGUUGAUGCCACCGCUGAUUUCACACAUGACAGGGCACACAAAGGCUGGCGCGAAGAGUACUGCGAAAGAGCCCAGAAGGCGUACUUUACCCAUCCGCAGGCGGGUGCACAGGAAUUCUGGUUUCCUAUCCCUCUGGCGGCGAUGACAACGACUCCUGGCAGCCCACCACCGUGCCAGCCGGCCUAUCUGCAGUGUCUCACCCGACGGGGAUUCAUCCAAAUCAGCAAGCUGUUCCAAAACCGCCGCACGUUGCAGUGCAUGUGCGCCACCUUGUGCGACCCAGACGGCCGCUGGGCCGGCGUGCUGAGACUCAACGCCUCGUCGUCGAAUUCUGCCGAGUUCCACGGCGCAGCAGUGGGCGAGACGUGCGAGCUGAUGGAGGUGUCGGCGGGAUCUGUGGAGAACCAAAGAGGAGGGGACGUGAGCGUCGACGAGUGGGAGGACGCCGAGUGUCCGCGGCACACGGGGACGUAUGACUUUGUCAAUGUCUUGUGGAUCGAGUGGGUGAAUGGCGUCGCCUACCGCAAGGCUCUCGGGCGGGUUUGGGAGAGCGCGUUGGCAGGGGUUGCCGCAGAGGAGGCGCAUAUCACCCUUGGCUGA